CGAGCAAAUUUGUUAUCCACCAAGACGCUCGAAAACCUCAUCCACAAACGAGAACCAGAAACUUGAAAUUCAGUUGAUAUUUUUUUAGCCAUAGCCAAAGCCAAAGCCAAAGCCAUAGCCAAUAGCACAAGGGGCUGAUGUUCAUAGUCCGCACUUCACACAAUGGCUACUUUCCAUUUUCUUCAAUCUUCCGCUCGUUUCCUUUCUAAACCCACUUCUCUCCCUCUCCCCAAUCCAUCCCUUUCCCUUCAUUUCCCUCUUAAACGCCUGGUUUCCUUCCCCAAACGCCCGGAACUCAAACGCUUACAUGAGGCAGCAGUGGCCACUGGCUCAGCUCAACCAGCAGUUGACCUCCAAAACGUCCCCGUACAGGAUACCCAGAAGCAAGAACAAUCUGGCAAACUUGUUCUUCCAACUAACGACUCAUCCGAUGAGCUCCUUAGAAUUAGACACACGUGUGCACAUGUAAUGGCAAUGGCAGUUCAAAAACUAUACCCAGACGCGAAAGUGACAAUUGGACCCUGGAUAGACAAUGGGUUUUACUAUGAUUUUGAUAUGGAGCCUUUGAGUGAUAAUGAUCUCAAGAGGAUUAAAAAGGAAAUGGAUCGGAUCAUUAAGCGAAAUUUACCGCUUGUAAGAGAAGAAGUUUCAAGAGAUGAAGCUCAGAAAAGGAUAAUGGCUGUAAAUGAACCUUACAAGAUGGAGAUUUUGGAUAGUAUUAAGGAGGAUCCUAUCACUAUCUAUCAUAUUGGGAAUGAAUGGUGGGAUCUUUGUGCCGGGCCACAUGUCGAAACUACGGGAAAGAUUAACAACAAAGCUUUUCAGCUCGAGUCCGUUGCUGGUGCUUAUUGGAGAGGAGAUGAAAAGAAACCUAUGCUACAGAGGAUAUAUGGAACUGCAUGGGAAAAUGAAGAACAACUGAAAGCUUACCUUCACUUCAAAGAGGAAGCUAAACGCCGGGAUCACAGACGUAUUGGCCAAGAUCUCGAUUUGUUUUCUAUACAGGAGGAGGCUGGCGGAGGUUUAGUCUUCUGGCAUCCGAAGGGUGCCAUUGUUAGGCAUAUUAUAGAAGAUUCAUGGAGGAAAACACACAUAGAACAUGGGUACGACUUGCUAUUUACUCCACAUGUGGCAAGGGCUGAUCUUUGGAAAAUUAGUGGUCAUCUAGACUUCUAUAAAGAAAAUAUGUAUGACCAGAUGGAGAUUGAGGAUGAACUUUAUCAACUUCGACCAAUGAAUUGCCCUUACCACAUAUUAGUAUACAAAAGGAAGCUUCAUUCUUAUCGAGACUUUCCCAUCAGAGUUGCAGAGCUUGGGACGGUCUAUAGAUACGAGUUGUCUGGUAGCUUACAUGGUCUGUUCCGUGUAAGAGGUUUUACCCAGGAUGAUGCUCACAUUUUCUGUUUGGAAGAUCAAAUCAAGGAUGAAAUCAGAGGGGUCUUAGAUCUUACCGAGGAGAUACUAUUGCAGUUUGGUUUCAGCAAGUACGAGGUAAACCUCUCAACUAGGCCAGAAAAGGCUGUGGGUGAUGAUGAUAUCUGGGAGAAGGCAACGGUAGCACUUAAAGAUGCUUUGGAUGAUAAAGGCUGGAGCUAUCAGAUUGAUGAAGGUGGUGGUGCCUUCUAUGGUCCGAAAAUUGAUCUUAAGAUAGAGGAUUCUCUUGGAAGGAAAUGGCAGUGCUCAACCAUCCAGGUUGAUUUUAACUUGCCAAAUCGAUUCGACAUUACUUAUGUUGACUCAAACUCAGAAAAGAGGCGUCCAAUCAUGAUCCAUAGGGCUGUGCUUGGAUCCUUGGAGCGAUUUUUUGGAGUCCUUAUAGAGCAUUAUGCUGGGGACUUUCCUUUGUGGCUGGCUCCAAUACAAGCUCGGGUUUUACCGGUUACUGAUACACAGCUUGGAUACUGUAAUGAGGUGGUUGGCAAACUCAAAUCCAAUGGCAUCCGUGCUGAAGUUUGCCAUGGUGAACGCUUGCCGAAGCUUAUCAGAAAUGCUGAGAAGCAGAAAAUUCCCCUAAUGGCAGUCGUGGGUCUGAAGGAAGUCGAAACGCAUAGUGUGACAGUUAGAUCUAGAUUUGGUGGAGAGUUGGGUACCAUGAAGAUUGAUGAAUUCAUCAGUAGCAUCCAGCAAGCCAUUAAAAACAGAACAUUGUAAAAUUCUUAAAGCAGGUGGUAAUUCAAGCUUUAUUUAUUGCAUAAGUAUGCAAAAAGGUGGAACAACAUAUUUUGAAAGAUGAAAAGUUUUUUUAUGUAUAUGAACAUAGUUCCAGAUUUGUUCUGUAUUUCGUUUUCUGUUUUUCUGGAAAGGGAACACAUAGUUCCCCUUGACAUGAUAAUGUUGGUUACUAGAUCAACGUCAUUUACAUCUCUUCAUCCAUUAUUUCA